AAAAAGUAUGCAGUUUUAGGCAGUUUAGUGUGAGUUUGCUUAAAUCAUUGGGUCUGAGCCAAGAGGAGAAUGCCAUUCAGGACCACGGUGCCGAUUUUAUUACUGGUUCUCAGCGUUGGUUAUGUUGCAACAAAUUUGUGUGUAAAAGAUAAUCUGGCAGAUUUCGGAGAAAAGAUAAGGACCACAUUGGUCGAAUGGAAGAAUGAAAUUUUGGAAAUUUUGGCCAACAGAGUUCAAAAUUUUAAAGGUGAAUUAGAAUUUGCCAGUUAUUACCAAGAUUCAAUGGUGUUGCCACGUGCUCCAAACAGAGCGAGAAUUUGGGGAUACGGAAUUUAUAUACCUCUCGGGAAAACUGUCAAAAUUAAUGCAGCUGGCAAAAAAUACACUGCUUUGAUUAAAAAAGAUGACACAUGGGAAGUGGUACUUGAUGCGAUUACCUCGAAAGGUCCAUAUACGAUCACAGUGUCAUAUUCUGAGAAUCAGAUUAAGCUGAGAGACGUAUUGUUUGGAGACAUAUGGUUAUGUUCCGGCCAAAGUAACAUGGGAUAUGAAUUAGGACGAAUUCCGAAUUCCACAAAUGAACUUGAAGACUCAAAGAAUUUCCCAGAUAUUCGCAUGCUACUAAUCCCAAAGAAACGUAAGGUUGAACCACAAAAUGACUUUGACGAACUCAUACCAAUGUGGGAGACAGCAAGGAAUACACAGAAAUUAUCUUCGUUUUCUGCGGUUUGCUGGUUAUUUGGAAAAGAAAUAAACAAGAAAGAAAAUGUUCCUGUCGGAUUAAUAGAUAGUGAUUGGGGAGGAUCACCUAUCGAAUCAUGGAUGUCUGCAGACUUACUCAAGAAAUCAAAUUGUAGGAUUUCCAACAGUGCUGCACCAAAAGGCGAACUGUGGAAUGCUAUGAUCCAUCCCUUGCUUCCGUUGGGUAUAUAUGGUGUAAUCUGGUACCAAGGUGAAUCAAAUGCAUGGAAUCCUUCUCCAUAUUCCUGUUUAUUCCCCGAAAUGAUUAAAGACUGGAGGAAGAGGUUCAAUGAAAGAGGAGGAAGUGCUCUGGAUUUUCCAUUUGGAUUUGUUCAACUUGCCGCUUGGGACGAUAAUCUGAGUAAAAAUAAUAACUGGCAUACAAAUUUCCCGCAUAUUCGCUGGGCCCAAACAGCUAGAAUAGGAUAUGUACCGAAUGACGUCAUGCCAAAGACAUUCAUGGCAGUCGCGAUGGAUACCCCUGACUUCGGCCAUAAUGGCAUUCACCCACGUUUUAAACGACCCGUUGCUGAGCGUCUUGUAUAUGGAGCCCUUCACGUUGCUUAUGGUAGACACAAUGUAAAACACCAAGGACCGUUCCCGACCAAAUAUUUAAGACGGGGUAAUCGAAAAAUACAAAUAACAUUCGACGAAGGAGAUACACCUCUUAAGUUUGGAACAACGGGGUUAUUUGAGGUAUGCUGUUCCCUUGACAAACUAAGAAUGUGUUCAGACAAUGAUAACAGGUGGAUCAAGGCAAAGCUUAAAACUACCCAACCAUCGGGAGUUAUAAUCUCACAUUUGUGCAGCAAAAAAGUAUUUGGAGUUCGUUACGCCUGGCAGGAGUCGCCCUGUGGCUAUAAGGACUGCGCCGUAUAUAGCGUUGAGAAUAACCUGCCCGCUCCACCGUUUGUAUACCAUGGGAAGAUUUAAUUUCAACUUCGUAUAUGCAGUUUGAUUAUUCU